AUGUUUGGUACACAGUACUACGACCGCAGGAAUGGACCAAAAGAGUACAAGCCAACAAACCAAUGGCCUACGGAAGUCGACCCUGAUGACGAGGUCGACUACGGCUUCACCAAACUGCCAGUUCGGGAGCGUCGAAAGCUUUUUAUGAACGAUACUGAGCCGCCAAAAAUAUAUCAGUAUGGAACACUGCCACGAUACCCUGUAAACCGCCGUGGAAGUCGUCUGGAGACUCAGUCGGAAGCUGGGGACUGGGGUCCCCCCAUCCGACGUUCAUUGGCUCCUAAAAUACAGACGAUGCCACGACCAGCCUCCAACUACGGUGGACAGACUACAAGCCACAAGACGCUUGAAUUGCGCAAUGCUCAGUUCUCCCGACAACAGUCUCAACAACAGCCUCAACAACAGUCAUCGUUGUAUUCAAACCAACCGGUUGAUGCAAUCACGCAGGACUACAUCCGGCCAACCUACGCUGCUCCCCGUCAGUCGAGGCCGAUUUCUCGAUCCCAAAUAGUAAGCCAACCCUGGCCCGGUGAUCAGCAGCGUGAGCAGGUCAUCACAGGCACCCGAGUGAUACCGGCACGAAAGUUCAGUUAUAGCGCAGCUCCGCGUCCAAGAGAUACCAUGUCAGUGGGUCCGGAGGUCAUGGCUCCACAACAAAACAAACAGUCCUACGCUGCACCACCUGUGUACAUUGCACUUUCACCACGCGGACGAAGACCAAAUUCGGAGGCCCAGUUCCAACAAAAGUCGCUGACAAUUUACCCCUCAAGGACUAACACAACCCAGACGCGACCUUACGCCCAGUCGGUGAAUGACUGGACACAGCCGGUGAGAGCCGCACCGGUGCAGAAUGCGGCCCCGAUGACACCCGUGGUGCCACAGCGUAACCCACGCCUACAGCAGUCCUACAAUUCGCCAGUCGCAAGGGUGCCGCCGAGGGAACGCCAAGUGGUUAACAGAAGAGCCCCACCACCGGAUGAGGAUAAGGGUGUCUCUGAGUUCUGA